ACGAUUAACCACUCAGUUUGAGCACUUGGUUGAGCACUGAGACAUUUGGAACUGUUUUCCUAACGUUCACGCACUGGAAUGGAGAGUAACCUGAGACCCAGGGUCUGUUAUCUGGUCAAAGGAAAGCGUGACUAUGGGUUUCACCUGCAGGGUGGGCGGAAAAUAGGAGGAGAGUUCAUCUACAAAGUGGUUCUUGGCUCCUCGGCUGACCUGGGUGGCAUACGACCAGGAGACCGGGUGGUGGAGGUGAACGGGGUGAAUGUGGAGAAGGACAGACAUCAUGAAGUGGUGAAACGUGUCCGUGCGAUACCCAACCGCGUCAGGCUGCUGGUGGUGGACAGUGACACAGAUGAAUACCUCCGCAGCAGGGGCCUGGUGUGCACUGAGGACAUGGCCGUUGAGAUGGGAACCCUCCUCCCACGCGUCUCAUCCAGGCCAAUGCCUGCCACUUCUUCCUUGGUCAGAGAGAUUUCACCCCUGUCCGUCAAACCCGACCACUUACACUCAUUUCACACUACUGCCGCAGGCUUGUCCACUCAUAUGAUCACACAAGACAUGGUCAAGAGAUCCUCAACAUGUUCAACAUCAAGUUCAGCAACUGACACAUAGCCUUUACAUUCAAUUCCCCUCAGCCAGAUCCUGGUUUGUCACCAUCUCAUUCACGGCUGCAGAUACAUCUGUCUAAAGACUCGUCAUUCACCUCGUCACUAUGCUUUCUCCUCUCUGUCACCUGCUCUUUGUUCUGGACGCCUCCUUCAUAUCCUCUUCAUCUGGAUUAUUUUUACACACAUUUUGGUCAGCCGCCUGCUUAUUUUGUCUCUCCAGUUACCUCUAUUGAUCCUUGUACUGUUUCCCCCAUUAAUAUUACUGUUUGUUCUAGCCCUCAAGUUCCUUUGUUAAUCAGUGGCUACUUUCUGGAAGUAGUUGUUUCAUUGGUUUUUAAUUUAUAAUUCUAUUCAACUAACGGGUCUGAGUUAGUUGGCUGUAAUAUUAGUUAGCUUCUUCCUUUAUUUGGGGUUUCUGUAGUUUUGUGUUCUGUGCAUUUUUUUAGCCUACUCAUUGAGCCUGU